AUGAAUAAAAAAAAGUCUAAUCUAUCACUAAAAAUUCAAAAUAAUGAGGACCAAAAUCUUAUAGUUCCAGUUUACGUUGAUCAGAAAUUCGAAUUCUCAGAUGAGAUAAAAAAUGUCAAUGAUGUCUACGCAUUCCAACAUUUUGUUAAAAUUCUUUGCCGGGAUGUUAGUAAUUUUGAUAAACAAAGAGGUAAGGACAACAUCCAAUAUUCUUUGCAUAUCACGAGUGAGACUUUUUUAGAUUCUAAAUACAACUACUUGACGAAUUUAUGGACAAACAUGAGAUAUUUCAACAUCAACAUCUUAUUCAUCUUGGUUAAGAAUCAUGAGCAUGUAUUCCACAUGGAGGAGCUUUUUGGUGAUGUUAUUAUCACAAUUGAUCCGAUAUAUGAUUUAACAUUUAGAUACCAAUUGGAAAACAUUCAAGAAUUUACAACUAUCCUUUGA